AUGAGAAGAAAGCGAAGCAUUUGUUAUUGGUCCGGCUUUGUGUUCAAGGUGUGUGUUGUUUCUUCUGCAGGAAAUGCGUUCUUGGAGAGACAAUUGCAUAUCAUUCAAAGGGUAUUCCGCCCCUUGUGUCUCAAGUCGGGCAACAACGAGCAGCUUGAUCUUGCAGGCCACAUCUUUCAGAGCACUUGCGAACAGCCCGAAGGAUGUCAUGAAGAGUACCAUCCCUUCCAGACUUUUGAAUCCAAUACUGAACCGCCAUCGUUUCUCGAAAAGAAGGCACGUACCAAGCAGAAGAAGACUGGGAAGGGCCCUACCAUGGCUGGCGAACUCAAUAAACUUCGCACAAUAUUCACUGGAGUUCGGGAAAGAGAACCAGAGAAGCCCCAAGAACGUUUCAUAGCACACUCUGAACUGAAGGCCCACCUGAAUGUCGGCGUUGUGCGUGCAAUCAUUGAGGGUGCAGAAUGUUGUCGCGGGCUUGAAGGGAAAAUCGCCAAUUACGUCACAGAGCAUGCGCUCGCGAUCUUCGCCACACUUAUCAUGCUGGAAGAGCCUGACUUGAUCGAGUUAUUCUAUGAGGAGAAGAUCGACGACGGCUAUCUUCCCGUUAAGAUCAAUGGGCUGGGAAGAGAUUUUGUUGUCAAACCAUAUCGUCCUGUGGCUGGCAACUCCAACGCCCUGGAAAAAAAGUUCUGUGACAAAGUCUGGAGGCGACGCCGCGACGCCGAGAUGUUCUGUGAUUACCAGUGGCUAUUCUUACCGCAAAUAUUCGUCGAGAAUCAAUUUCGAUACCAAAUACUAGGGAAAACACCUCUGCCAUUCACCGAGGUCCGCCGGAAACUAAAGGACGGCGAUACAAAUUACAGCUGUGUAGAGGAGAGAACCAUCCAUCGGGACUGUUUCCCAGCGACUAUUCAAACUGCGAGAGACCAGAAGGGCAACCCCCGAGUUGCUUUCAAGAAGUUGAUGUCCGAGAAGGCUGACGACGCCGGCAAGGAGGCCUCAGCACUCGAGGAAAUCAAGCGCCUUUCAAGUGUGCACUUGGUCAAAGCCAUCGCUUACAUCUUCGACGAGAGCGGGACUAACCACUCGUUCUUGUUUCCCUGGGCUGAACAUGGGAAUCUGUGGGACUUUUGGACCCGCCAAGAGACAGUGCCAAGGACUCGAGGCUACUUUGUGAGUGUCUUUAGACAACUGGUCUGUUUGGCCGACGCCAUCAACGAGCUUUCGGAUGUCAACCUGCGACAUGGUGACCUGAAGCCUGAAAACAUUGUGUGUUUCAGUGCAGACGAUGGCCUCCCUGCUGGAGACAAGACGGAACCCGACGCAGUUAUCAGACUCGUCAUCAUCGACGUCGGCUUAGCCAAGUCCCAUGCUGAACUCACUCAGCAGCGCGGCACGACCGACACAAUGGUUUCAACUCGAAGAUACGCAGCGCCCGAGAUUGAUACGAAUAAAGCUAGAUCGUGGCGUUUUGACGUCUGGUCCUUGGGAUGCAUCUAUCUGGAAUUCGUCAUCUGGCUUCUCUAUGGGGUGUCAGGUCUGACGGAGUUCACCACAAGCCCUCAAGAGCAGUCGGAGAAGGAUAAGUUCUACACUACUAGAACAGAUCCGAAGCUUCAACCGUCAAGACAGCCCUCACAGAUCAUCGAACGUCAUCCGAGAGUGGACAAGAUUAUCGCCAAAAUUAGAGGAGAUGCUCGUUGCUCGAAUAACACAGCUAUUCGUAGCGAAAAUUAUGAGAGACCUGCAGCCAAGGAAGCCUCGAAUUGUCGAUGUAUGCGUCACCAGGCAGAGAGUGGCAGCAGCCCUUCGGGACCGUUUGGUUCAGUACAGCAAGCGCCCAACCCAGCAGCUCAGUUGGGAGCUGCAGGGGACGAGGGUCAGAGUACGGCAGUGCCCAAAGUGCUCAUCCGUCCAGCGACUAUUCAUCGGGCACCGACAACAACUGAUCAAGAUCUCCAGAUGAAUCCCACCAGGCCCGGUCGCCGCUAUGCACGACCCAUAAGGCGUGCCUUGGACAGUAUUUUUGCCGACCUUGAGCACGAACUCAUCGAUCCUAUUGCACGAGAAUACUUGGACCAGUCGCGCACUGCACUCCAUCCAUCCUCUCCUAAGGGCACAGGCAUGAAUCUUGCUGUUCGCACUUUGAAAUCAGUGAGUUUCACCUCCCAUGUCAUGGUAAUGGAUGACCCCCUGACAUGGGCUUUUGCUCAGCCACUGAACGAUCUGUGGGAUUACACACCCGAUGAGAAACUUGCAAAAUUAGUCUUUAUAGGCUUGGAUGUCCGUCCCCAUUCCGGAUCCUGGGCCAAUCCCUCCAGGCUCUGUGGGCGAUGCCACAAUCUACCACUUUGGUCACCUGUUUGCGGUUUUCAAUACUCACGGGCUGAAUUAGCAGAGAGCGUUGGUCAAGGCUGUGGUCUCUGUACCCUACUUCUCGGAGGACUCGAGGGGCGAGUUGGUGAUCAAGACAAACGCCAUAUUCGAUUCAUACGAUCAGGCUCUUACCUCACUCUUGAGAGUGACCGGAAGAAGCCUGUCAUCAAUCUUUACAGAUUGCCUGGAGACCAUGAUAUUUCGCUGCAGCAUGUUCAGAUAGGGCUUCCAGAGUUAUCCAAUGCUGGGAGCGAGGUGCACUUGAGUAUUAUGCGGGCAUGGAUGCAAGACUGCGACAAGCACCACCAAUGUUAUCGUGACACAGGAAAUUUUGUGCCAACACGCCUGUUGGAUCUUCGAGACGAAACCAAUGACAGUGUGAGACUCGUGACGCACCAGGAGGGUCCGGUCCAGCCACUCGAGUAUAUUGCGCUAUCACACAGAUGGAACCCAUCACCAACAGUGACUGAGUUCCGCACUCUGAAUUCCAAUAUCGAGCAAUUGAGAGAAGGAUUCCCAGUAACGGAUCUCCCGACAACAUUCCAGAACGCCGUACGCAUCGCCCGUGGCCUAGGCCUCUAUUUCCUGUGGAUUGACUCUGUUUGUAUCGUUCAAGACGAUGCCGACGACUGGAACCGAGAGUCCAGGCUCAUGGAACAAGUUUUCAGCUCCGCGUACUGCACGAUCGCAGCGAGCUGCUCGACUGGCAGCGCCGACGGCUUUCUCAAAAAGCGGCCCGCAAGACGAAUUGCGACACUGCCUGGACCCAACAGUGGCGGCCCGAAUUACUUUGCGUGCGAGGCCAUCGACGACUUCUUUCGGGAUGUGGACCAGAGCGAGCUCAACCAGCGGGGUUGGGUUCUGCAGGAGCGCGCUUUAUCGCGGCGGACCAUCUACUUUGCCGAAAGGCAGUCAUACUGGGAGUGCGGAGGUGGCGUCCGAUGCGAGACCAUGACCAGAAUGAAAAAUCGCAAGGCAUCCUUUCUCGGCGACCCCAACUUCCCACAGUCUGUCGACAAAUAUGUCAAGGGGCAGAAGAUCGAGAUUUUUCAGGACUUGUACCAGCGAUACUCUCGACUGGGCUUGUCAUUUCCGUCUGACCGGCCCAUUGCCAUUCGAGGCCUCGAGAGCAGACUCAUCACUGCAUUUGACACCACGGGCGGCGUGGGUAUAUUCGACGAGUACCUGCAUAGGUCUUUGCUAUGGAGACGGGCUGGCGAUAGACUUAAACCUAUCACCGAUUUCCGUGGCAUGCCCGUACCUUCUUGGUCAUGGAUGGCGUACGAGGGUGCCAUUGACUACCUGGACAUCCCUUUUGGCAAGGUUGAUUGGUUCAAGGAUGUCAAAUCUCCGUUUGUCAAGAAUGCUGACCGGGACGACACGGAGAAGCAGAGAUCAGAUAGUCAAAUUGGUUCCGACGUUUCGCUAGAGUUAGAAGCGCCAGUUUGGAAUCUCGCGGGCGCUAGGGAUUGGGAGCUGGCUAUAGAUGAGCCUAGCAAAGAGUUCGAGGAGCCCCUCAGAUGUGUGGUGCUCGGGAACAGCGAGGCACCUCUGACCCUGGAACAGCCCCAGAUAUACUGGGUGUUACUCGUCUGUCGCUGCAUGCCUGUCUCUGGGGAUGUUGCUUAUGCCAGAGUCGGUGUCGGGUUCAUUCAGAAGCGCCACAUAGACUUGGAGACCGAGCUGGGUAUAUUUCGGAUACGUUAG